CUAAGCGCUGAGUGGGGGAAAGAAUGAACAGAUGAUGAAGGAAUAAAAACAGGUGCAGAUUCAGCCGGACAGGAUUAAAAUUAGAGAAAUAAUUUAAUAUUAGAACAAAAAAAAUUAAAUUUAUACCUGGAACUAGUUUUAAUAAUAUUUUAAUAAGAGACAGUAGAUGAGGAUUUUCUCAUUACGUGAGGGUCGAGGCUGCUCCACCACCAGCUUUAUGUUCAUUAAUCAGCUGUAACCAAACACACACACACACACACAUAUAAUGGAGUUUAAGAAGAGUUUUAUCAUGGUGAAAAGAUUACACAGCAGUAAAACAAACACGAGCUCAGUACAGUACGGGCGAUGCCAUGGGUGGGUGGAGCAGGCAUUACACAGGGGAAGUGAGAAUAAAGGAGCACCAGUAUGUUGUGGUUUUUACCAUUUCAUUUAAUUAUUUGUGGAUCUUUAAGUACGAGUAUUUGACUGUCAUUGAGAAACCUGAAAAUAAUCAACGAAUACAAAAUGAACAGUGAGACAAUCAGUCACUUUCUAUAAUUAUUCAAUAUAUUAAAUAUAAGAGAAACAGUACAGUAUAAAUAAUACAGAAUAUAAGUGUCGUAUAGUCUAUAUAUAUAUAUAUAAGUACAGAAAAUAGGGAGCAGUACCACAACUAGAACAUUCUCCCCUUAAAUAUAAAAACACUGAAACUGUUUGAAAACUGAAAGCUUUCUAAAGCUUUUUAUCCAUAAAGCCCACAGCUGUCCUUCACUUGACCGCACCAACAUGGCCGACGCGUGGAGCCAGCCCGGAAUACCCCGGAUGAGGGGGCGGGCUCUGAUUUGCUUACGAAACUUCCGGUUUUUCGUUCAUAAAAAAAAAUCUCGUAGUUUUAAACAUAUGAAUGGGGAAGGAAUUAAUACACAUAAACAUAUGGCGCGGAAUCACACAUCACUACACCUCGGAUAUUACACAUUUUUAUCACACACGUUUUAUUCAGAAUGUUUACAAUUGUUCAGAACACGUCGUAUUUCCGUCUUGUUUUAAUAAAAUAAAAAAGGUAUGUCUGGUAGUUUUUGUGCGUGUAUGUAAAACUUUAAUAGUCACGUGGUUUCCGGUAGCCCCGCCCCCGUUGCGGUAUGCGAGCAUGGUAUGUGAGAAUGCGCGCACGCGCGCGCCGCCGCCGAACAGGUAAAACCGGACACACACACACACACACACACACCUGUAGAGUCUGAAACCCGGAAGUGAGUGUGCUGCUCUCCGCAGGUAAACACGCAGCACUGAUUAGUUUCAUCAGGUGUAAUAAGGUUUCUUUUACAGAAUGAAGCAGGUGUUGUUCCUGAGUGUGUUCUGCAUCGCUGUGUGUGUUCCUGUGGGGGAGUGUGUGUCGGUUGUGGGUGUGAAGGCCCUCUCUGACCUGCCCUCCCUCGGGGUCAUCACUGUGAAGGAGGGUGCGAGUGUCCUGAUCAGGUGUAACCUAAGUGAACCUCAUGAAGACAUCGAGUGGUACGACUCUAAGGGACGCGUCCUCAGUGGAGAAGACUCGGGAGGGAACCGUGUCACUGUGGAUAAAGACAUACUGAACAUCAGCAGCGUUUCCUUCUGGGAUCGUGGACGGUACACCUGCGUCUCGCUGAGCUCCGAGAGCAUCUCGAACUUCACGGUGACGCUGAGAGUGAGCUACACCUCCAGCGACCUGACCUCCAGCGGCCUGGGGCUUUACUUCAUCAGUGUGUGCCUCAUCACCUUCACCAUCACCCUCAUCCUCAACCUCACCCGUCUGUGCAUGAUCAACACACACCUGCGCAAAACCGAGCGCGCCAUCAACGACUUCUUCCGCACCGACGGAGCAGAGAAACUGCAGAAAGCUCUGGAAAUCGCCAAGCGCAUCCCCAUCGUCACAUCCACUAAAACCCUGGAGCUGGCAAAAGUCACGCAGUUUAAAACCCUGGAGCUGGCCAAGCAGAUGGAGGAGCUGGCGAGGAGCGUGCCUCUGCCUCCACUCAUCGUCACCUGCACCACCGCUGUGGAUGAAGCCGAGUGUGGAGGUCCAGCAGCCAUCGAACAUCAGGAGGAGGAGCACAGUGAACAGGACGCGCUGAACGCAGGGACGGAAAACUAAAAGCGAGAAGAGUGUGUGAGGUCUGUGUGAAUGUGUGUGUGCAGUUUACUCACAGUUAUAAUCACAAUCAUGAAGUGGUUACCUGGAGCAGAAGAAAUCUACUGCGGUCAGAGACACAC